GGAGAAAGAAACAGUGUGACAGCUUGCAGCACAUGACAGGGCUCUGCCCUUUUCGAGGCUGCCCUGCAUCUCCUGCAGGCACAGCGGGGCUGGCCCUCUCAGGGCUCACCAGCCCCACCUCGCCUCACACAGCCUGGCGGGCCGGGGCGGAGCCAGCUGCAGCCGUGCGGCAGGAAGGGGGAAGGGUCUUUUGUUGGAUUUUCCUGAGGUUUUCCUAAUUUGGAUAUUUCUCGGGAAUGUAUCCCAUCACCAUUUUGGGGAGCAGUGGAGUCAAUGCCCAAUGGAUGCAACAAAGUUACAGCUUCUUCCAAGUACUCGCUGUAAGUUAGAAGAUGCAGACACUGAAAUGCCAAGAAUUGCAUCAUCAUAGACGUGCAGGAUUCUGUUCUCUUUUUAUGAUGAUUGUAGAGUUGUGUUUUUAUAUGUUUUACCACAUUUGUAUUAUGUAUAAGUUUGUUCCAUGUAUCCCCGGUUCUGUAACGACCCCUCCCGGGUCUUCCCAUCUCUCCCCGCGGUUUGUUGUCCCCGAGAAAAUGCCAAGUCACUGUGUUUACCCCAGAUGCCUGUCUGUCACUCGGUAUCCCUUCCCCCCACCUGGAAUCUUCCACACGGGAAGCCGGGCGAUAGGCAGACGACCUGGGACCCUCCACCUGUCCGCCCCCCAUUGGAUGUACCCCUGUACCCCACUGCCCUCAGACCCCCCGUGGCGUUACCCCAUUGGCUGCCCCAGUUUUCCCCUGUCCCGUACAUAAUCCGCGGGCGCGGCACGCCCGCCGCUUUUCUCCUGGCCAGCACCCGCGUGUUGCCGCCGCCCCGCUCGAGCCGCCCGCCGCUUCCUCCCGGCCGGCUCCGGCGUGCGCCGCUCCGCCCCGCCCGCGGCCGCGGCGCGGCACAGACAAACAUCGGCACGGCAAACCGCGGCCCCUUCGAAUUAUUGCUCUCCCCGUUGGGGUGCAAUAAAACGGAAUUCUGCCCCCUGGAGAAGGACUCUCUCCUUUAUUUCGCCGUGAGGUUCGCUGCUUGUUCUCAGACCCACACAGCUCCGUCCAAAGCCUGCGAGGGCUCAGCGGGAGGAGCUGAAGAUCUGCCCGUGCUCCCCUUCCCCCCGGAGCUAGCUGGGAUAAGGGAAAGCAGGGGAGAAAGAGAGCAUACCGCAGAUGAUUCUCAUUAUCCAGCAAAAAUCUGAACAGAAAUGCAAAGAGGAUACAUACACAGAUAAUAUUGUUCAUGGUCACCCUGAAAUCAGACUGAUUAAAUCCUGAGCUUUCAGCUUUCACCUCAAGGAAGGAUCACAGCAGAGCCUGGGAGGUUUUUCUGGAGAUCAUCAGGGCUAUGGAUAGAGAAGAAGGGUUUUUACUCUUCAAGAGUGAGCAUUUUUCAUUAAUACUCUGAAGCAUUUAUACUAAAACUAACUGAAUCUGGUUGUAUAUCAAGUUCCAAUUAGUUUUCCAAUUUAUACUGUGACCUGAUAAUCUAAAUCCCACUGAUAUUAAUAGAAGAUGAGAAAAGAUUGCAGAAAGCCCUGUAUUCAAUUUAAAAAUAAUUUAAAGUUCAAGCAGG